UAUCAAACAUCUAUAUAAAGGUGAAGUCGCCAGGCCACGUCAUCCGAUGCGAGUCAACAAAGAUUCCCACAUUAUCCAAAAACCCCCUUCUAAUCACCACCCAUCCGCCGGCGCCAAGCCGCGGCAGCCGUUGAUCAUAUACACGCACUCGCCGAAGGUCAUCCACGCCGCGCCGAGCAACUUCAUGAAGCUGGUGCAGAGGCUCACCGGCCAGUCCGACGACGGCGACGGGGAGGCAACCCCCGAGGCCGCGGCAAAAGUGGAGGUUGGGAUGGUGAAGGAGGAGGACGAUAAAGUAGACACCAGCAGCGGCGGAUUUGGAAAUACUGUUGGCGGCGGCAUCGGAUCGUACGAAGAGAAUUAUGAAACAGCGUCAUCGAUUGAUGAUCAGAGAUUUGAGGCCGACGUGAAUCAGGAUCUGGCGGCGUUGUACAGAAUGCCGUAUUUGGUGGAGGGGGAGCCGCAAUUAAAUGGAUCGAGUGAUUUCUAUUGCUCUCCGCGGACGAGUUCGAUGUUCCAAUCAGCAAUGGCGGAGAGCUCGAUUUCGCCGUACAUGGAUUACAUGAAGCCGUAUACCGAUUACUGACCGUUGGAUUGUGGUAAUGAAAAUUUAUUAAGAGGUGAAACUAUUUCAUUUGUUAUGAUUUUUAGGCUUAAAACAGCUAAUAAAUUUUGAGACUAAUAAUUUCAAUUCUACAC